CUGUAGCUCCUUCGAGUUCCUUGCAGCACCACCUAUAACCCACGCCAAAGAACUACAAGCUACGUGUCGUAGUCAUAAAAAAAAAGGAUGUAACGUGAGCCACGGCCGUGCAAUGGUGUUUGGAUAUUAUUCAUAUUAUAUUUCAUAGUAUAAUCGGCAGUAUUGGUAAGAAAAGACAAAGAAAGGGAAAAAAAGAAACUUAUCUUCGAGUACGACAUUAGGACAAGAUAACCUGGUUCUAGCGUCCAUGUAUAUUCGAAAACAUAUCCUGCUGGAAUACAAUUUGAAACAUACUCUUAAAGAACAGUUAUGAUAAAAAGUUAACAUUGUUUAUUAGAAUUUAAUUACUUAGUUUAUUGAAGUUUAGUAUUAUGUUUAUCUUCCAGUUAUUAAUUAUUAUUUUUAUUAACUGAUCAUUCAAAACUUGAUAUAAUACAAAGAUAAAAAAAGCUUUCUUAAAAACGUGUAUACGUGCAUGUUUUAUACUUUUGCUAAAAAAAGACGGAUAAGAUUAUGUUCAAUAAUCAAAUGACAAGUACAACGGAAAACGAAAAUGAUUGUACAGAAGAACAUAAUUUGAGUAAUGAAAGAAAAGAACAAAAAUUCAUUGUAGAUGUGAGUCCAUCAAAUGAUAAUAGAUAUUUUGUUAAGAGAGCAUAUACAUCACCAAGAAUACUUAGUAAAUCAGUACCACGAAGAAAUAGAAAUUUCAUUCGUUAUAAAAUAAAUAGAUCAUUAAGUUUUGAUAAUACUAAAAAUGAUCGUUUGUUUAAAUCUCCUAAUUCUAGUUCUGGAAAUAGUUCUUUUGAUAAUGAUAAAUAUUUAACAAGAUCGGCUAAGAUAAUGAGAGCACUAAAUUUUAAUUGUAGCCCUUUCUACAAUCAAAGAAAGAAAAUAAAAAAGACAUUAAAUUUUAACUUAACUCCAAGUCCAAAGAAAUUUUCCAAUCUCAGAAUUUCACGAGAUAAUAUAAAUUUCAAUUUGACUUCAUCUUCGCCUAAAAUUAAUAAAACUUUGAAUUUUGACACAAGUCCAAGUGAUUCUAGUACCAGUAGUAUAUUACUUACAUCAUUUGAUUCUAUGGACGAAAAUCAAAAUCAAACUCCUUCUCAGCGAAAUACAAAGACUAAAAAGUUAUUGAAUUAUAUUACACCCAAGAAAAGGAUGUAUGUUUCAUCUCCAGAUAUGGAUAUAUCUUCUCCAUCUUUACGUCUUAGUCUUAAAGAAAAAAUUGAUGAUAUUGUACAAAUGAGUAGUUCGCCUAUUCCACAUUCUUUCAAUAAAGAUAGAAAAGCAUUAAAUUUUAAUACUCGCUGCAAUAUCAGCACACCAAGAAAUUUGUAUGCUGAUUUUUCUAACGACGAUGAUGAAAGGCCACGUACACCUGAAAAUACAAUUUCCAUUGUUCCUGAAAGUAUGAGUGCCAUAAAGAAGAGUCAUAAAAAGGAAAGAUCUUUACGACAAACAGAUAAUUUAUCUACAAAGCAUGCAAACGUAUUACAAAAAUUAACAGAUCCUUUCAUGGUUGAACAAUUUGAUGACUUACAAACAGAAAAAAGACCUUUAACUCCACCAAUGGCUGAAAAAAGUAUUGUGUCUGUCUGUGAUACAAAUUCUAUUAAGCAAUCUCAUAAAAAAGAUAAAAGUAAGAAAAAAAUAUCAAUGUUUCAUUCAGGUGAUGAACUUUCUGACUCAGGAUCUAUUUUUGAUUAUUCCAUAGAAUCCAUAGAACAAGGAAAUAUACAUGAAGAAAAUAAUCUACACGAUACUGAUUUUAAUCUUAAUAAAAAUGAAGAUAAUGUAGAUUGUGACUCAAAUAGUAACAAUGUAUCAGUAAAUAGUAUUGGUUGUUGCGAAUUGAUAAAUAGUUCAAAUGAAACUGUAAACGAUCAGAUUAUGGAUAAUGUCAGUAAUAUGGAUGCAAAAUCUAGUUCUUGCCUUGAAGAACAAACAUGUAACAUAAUUUCCCAGAAUCCUCUACCAAGUACUAGUAAUGCCAAUGAGAAAAGCAGAUCGGUAACACCAAAUGCACUUGAAACAAAUUCUAUAUCUUCGGUAAAAGUAAUCACUCCAGAAAAUCAUAUAAAUUUUUUACAACAUAUUCAAACUGAAUCAAUUAAAAAAUCUCAUAAGAAGAUUAAAGAUGAAAAUAGGAAGAAGCUUUUUUUACCUAGAAGUCUUGAAAAUAAACUUAAAGAAGAAAAAUUGGAUACUACUAAAAAUAAGCAUUCAGAAGUAUCAAAAGAUGAUCAAAACGAUAAUAAUAUUCUAAUAAGUGAGAACUGUAUCGAUACAGAAAUUAAUGUUCGUGCAAGUACACCUGAAAACGUUAAUUCUAGCAGGUUGUUAUUGUCAAACUUUAGUUCAGUUAAGAAAUCACAUAAAAAAGACAAGCAUAAUAAAAUUGUUUCAGAAUUUAUGCGACGUCAAAAAUUGUUAAGUAAAGAUGCAGAUUAUAACAAUGUGCAACGUGAAAUGCACAAUGACGUCAAUAAGAAAGAUCAACGAAAAAUAAAAAACAAGUCUAUUAACAGUGAUGGUACUAUGUCUAAUUUACAUUUAGAUAAUAUCAAAUUUAACAAUAAACUGUCUCCGAGUAAAAGAAAAAUAUUGUCCAAUUUAUCAGAUGAUGAUUUAUUACAUUUAUUGUGCAAUUCUAAAUCAACACAAAGUGAAGAUGGAAGUACAGAGGAAUUCAAAAUUUGUACACCGAUAAAGAAAAGAAAACCAUUAUUAAAAACUGGUUUGAAAUCUGAUUGUUUACAUGAUGUACAGUCAGAUAAAAAUGAUUCAUUUGAAGAAGAGAUAAUGAAUAUUGAUGCAUCUCGAUGUAUAACGCCAACUCUAAGACAUCUUGGUUGUACAGUAUUACCAGCGCAUAAUACUGAUCUAUUGAAAACAAAUAAUGAUGGUAAGAUUGCGAAUAAUGAAAAAAGUAAUUCAGUGGAGGAACAACAGCAGCCUGAUACUCAAGAUCAAAAUGGAAGAUCAACGCCCAAAAAUAUGUCUACAAUAGAAUUACUUCCUAACAUUAAUUCCAUAAAAAAAUCUCAUAAAAAGGAUAAACGUGGAAAUGGAUUGCAUAGAAGCCUUAUUUUAGAACAAGAAAAAUUACUUUUAAAGAAAAAUGAUUACGAAUUUUUACAGGUCAUAGAUCAUAGAACUUCAACAAUAGUUUCUAAACCAAAUGAUAAUAAAUCAAGUUUAGCUGAUAAUACUUCAACAAACAUAUUGAGCAAUGGUAGUAAUAAUAGUGGGGAAAGUUCUAGAAUUACAAUUUAUAAAAAUCCCCAAAGUUACAAUCAAAAUAUUAAUGUUAAAGAUAGAAAAAAUAUCCUAACAAAUGAUACUACCUCAUCUAAUAAGACUCCGCCUAACUGUUUAAUGGUAAAAAAUUAUAUUAGACUGUUGCAAACGACUUCAAUAAAAAAAUCUCAUAAAAAAGAACGAGAUCGCAAAAAACAUAAAAUAAUAAACAAUGACCUAGAAUUAUCAGAUGAAGGAUCUAUAUUUGGAGAAAAUGAAAAAGUUGAUUCCUUAGAAGAUUUACAUAUUGAAAUUAAUAGCAAUGAGACUGAUAUAGAUAGAUCUGAUUAUGUAUAAAUUAUAAAUGGAGAUAUAAUUAAAAAAAAACAGAGAAAACAAACAAGAUUUAAUUAAUUGCAACCGAAGAGUCCACAUUUUUUUUAGUGGCAAUAUUCUAAGGAUGGAUCUAUAUUCAUUCAUGUAAGGCAUUUUUAUUUUCAGUAUUUCCAGUAAAACAUACAGUACAGCCUUUUGUUGGCAUUAAUGUAUUUGCUCUCUUAUUUUUUUAUAAACAUAAUUUAAUGUUAACAGUAUUCUUAUAAGAAAAAUCGCUGAUUUAAAGCUGAAUGCACCAACAAAUGAGAAGAAUCUUUGUUAAAAACGAAUCUAUGAUACAAUACAAUUUUCAUAUUAAUUUUUUAUACAUUAUUGUUAACAGUAUUCGUAAAUGUAAAUUCUAUAAAAGUAAUCCUAUUCUAACAGUGAUAUAUUAACCAAAUUAUUACUUUAAAAACUAACAUCAAUGAUGAAAUAAUUGAGGAUGUUUAAAUUAGGCCAAUUAUUUCUUGUAAUACCUUAAUAACAUUAAGUAAUUAUCUUAAGACAUUAAUCAAUACGAAAGUUAUUCCAAAAGGUGUUGGUUAAUGUUUAUUAAAACUACAUUUAGUGUAGAAUGAUUGAUCAUCAUCUUGGGCCAAUUUUUCUGCACUUUAGUUAUGAUAGAUUAUAAAAGAAGAAGUAACAACUAACUUUAUGAUGUAAAGUGAUAUCAUUAUUGGCUUUCUCAUUACAACACAUUAUAAAGGAAAAUACAUAUAAGUUGUGAGAUGAUAAUGAUAAUAAUAAGACUAACACAGCUUUAUGCUGAAUGUUUAAAAAUUGCUAAUUAGUAUUACCAAGGAUGAUGGUGUCAAGAUAUAUUGAAAAAGUUACACGGCAAUAUAAUCGAAAUCGUUUCAUAUAAGAAGUUUAGUUUAUAUUUGAUAUAUGUUUGUUACAAAAUAGUAACACAUUGUUAAGUUAACUUCCACGUAUCAUUACCUAAAGCCUGUUACAUUUGGUAGAUAAUUUAUAAAUACUAUGUUUUUAUUUUAUGUCGUUUAUUUAGUAUUUUUACAUAAACUAGUUAUUUUUUUACGUAUGAUUGGACUACGAAUCAAGGUGCAUUUUGACUUAUCAUAUAUUACUUACGUAAUACACUUGCAUUAAAAUAUCAGGCAUAUGUACAUAUCUGUUUCUAUGUUGGGAAUUCCACUUUUAAAAUAUUGAAGAUAUGUAAAUCCUAGUAUAAAUGUGAUAUGUAUAUAAUGCUUAACUUUAGUAAGUAUCGUUUAGAUCUAAGAAUUACAUCUCAAAUAUAACUAUGUUCCUUAUUAAACUCUCUUUCUUUUUCUCUCUCUUUAAAAAGUUUUACAGAAAACAUUAAAAUGCUAUAAUAAAUAAAAAUGUUUAAGUUUCAUCAAUAUAAAAUACAGUAUUUACGUUUGAUGAUCGGUUGCACAAAAGAAAUUAAAUUUUCUUGUAUUACUAUAAGUUAAAAGGUUAAAACUAUUAUCCACGCGAAAGCUUGUACCAUAGCUUGUGAUAUUGUUUACCAUUACAUCUUAAUCUAGUAUAUUCAGUAUGUAUAUUCUGCAUGUUUGUAACGAAGUAUUUUGUAUAUUUAUAUAAAAAAAAAAAGAAAAAAAAAAUAAAAUAACAUAAAGGCAA